CCUCGAUCGAAAAAAAUCAGAACAAAAAAAAAACCAAAUGCAAUUUUCCCUCCUCCAUCGCUUAUAUAAUUCACCCACCCUUCGAAUUAUUGCUCCUUAUUACAGUCGAAUCCGUUUCAAGAAUAUGUCAACCGAAAAACCCAACGGAUCGUCGGCAAAAAAUCCCAUCUCUGCUAAUCCAAAAGUUAACCAAUUCCAGCAAGUUUUUCACUCGGAAUCCACCACCACCAAUGGUUGGGAUAAAUGCUGGGAAGAAGAAUUAACGCCGUGGGAUUUGGGGAGGCCCACCCCUGUUCUUGUGCACCUCCACAACACCGGAUCCCUCCCCAAAGGCAGAGCUCUUAUUCCUGGCUGCGGCAGUGGUCAUGAUGUGGUGGCAAUUGCAUCUAGUGAUUUACAUGUUGUAGGUCUCGAUAUUUCCGAAAAUGCCAUUAAGAAAGCAACGGAAUUGUGUUCCGAGUCGCCAAAGAUGGAUCAUGUUUCUUUCUUAAAGACGGACUUCUUCACUUGGUGUCCCGCUCAGUUGUUUGAUCUCAUUUUCGACUAUACAUUUUUCUGCGCAAUUGAACCCAAGUUAAGAUCACUGUGGGCCAGGAAAAUGAGCGAUCUCCUAAAAUCGGAUGGGGAGCUCAUAACACUAAUGUAUCCGAUAGACGAUCACGAGGGUGGGCCCCCGUAUAAAGUAUCAGUUGCCGAUUAUGAAGAGGUGUUGCAUCCUCUCGGUUUUAAAGCUACUCAAAUAGUGGACAAUGAAUUGGCUAUUGCUCCUCGAAUGGGACGAGAGAAACUAGGGAGAUGGAAAAGAUCUACCAGCCAAUCGUCACUGUGACACUCUCAACUGAUAAUUGUUCGAGCGGUGACAAUCGAUGCCAUGAAGCACAUGUACAACAAACUUAUUUUCGUGUGUUUUUCGAGAAUCAUAUGAAUAAUGUUUUGAAAACAUUGUUGCAACAAAUAAUAAUCGCUGAAAUUAUAGUUUUUGUCCCUCAA